AUGGCCGCCUGUCUCCAUAGCUUCCCAUUAACUGCAUAUCAGGUUUCUUCAAUAUCCCGGCCGCCCCAAACCGCCUCAGUCACUCACUCGAAACCCCCAUCCGCGCAAAAACACCAGGCCGCCCCAAACCGCCACAGUCACUCGAAACUCCGGCCGCGCAAAACCCCCAGGCCGCCCCAAACCGCCACAGUCACUCGAAACUCCGGCCGCGCAAAACCCCCAGGCCGUCCCAAACCGCCUCAGUCACUCACUCGAAACUCCCAGCCGCGCAAAACCCCCAGGCCGUCCCAAACCGCCUCAGUCACUCGAAACUCCCGGCCGCGCAAAACCCCCAGGCCGCCCCAAACCGCCACAGUCACUCGAAACUCCGGCCGCGCAAAACCCCCAGGCCGUCCCAAACCGCCUCAGUCACUCACUCGAAACUCCCAGCCGCGCAAAACCCCCAGGCCGUCCCAAACCGCCAGGCGUCCCAAACCGCCUCAGUCACUCACUCGAAACUUCCAGCCGCGCAAAACCGCCAGGCCGUCCAAAACCGCCACAGUCACUCACUUGAAACCCCCAGCCACGCAAAACCGCCAGGCCGCCCCAAACCGCCUCACUCACUCACUCGAAACCCCCAGCCGCGCAAAACCCCCAGGCCGCCCCAAACCGCCUCAGUCACUCACUCGAAACCCCCAGCCGCGCAAAACCCCCAGGCCGCCCCAAACCGCCUCAGUCACUCACUCGAAACUCCCGGCCGCGCAAAACCCCCAGGCCGUCCCAAACCGCUUCAGUCACUCCCUUGAAACUCCCGGCCGCGCAAAACCGCCAGGCCGUCCCAAACCGCCCUCAGUCACUCACUCGAAACUUCCGGCCGCGCAAAACCGCCCAGGCGUCCCAAACCACCUCACUCACUCGAAACUUCCGGCCGUGCAAAACCCCCAGGCCGUCCCAAACCGCCUCACUCACUCGAAACUUCCGGCCGCGCAAAACUGCCAGGCCGUCCCAAUCCACCUCACUCCCUGUAAACUCCCGGCCGUGCAAAACCGCCAGGCCGUCCCAAACCGCCUCAGUCACUCACUCGAAACCCCCAGCCGCGCAAAACCGCCAGGCCGUCCCAAACCGCCUCACUCACUUGAAACCCCCAGCCGCGCAAAACCGCCAGGCCGCCCCAAACCGCCUCACUCACUCACUCGAAACCCCCAGCCGCGCAAAACCCCCCAGGCCGCCCAAACGCUCCUCAGUCACUCACUCGAAAACCCCCAGCCGCGCAAAAACCCCCAGGCCGCCCCAAACCGCCUCAGUCACUCACUCGAAACCCCCAGCCGCGCAAAACCGCCAGGCCGUCCCAAACCGCCUCAGUCACUCGAAACUCCCGGCCGCCCGCGCAAAACCCCCAGGCCGUCCCAAACCGCCAGGCGUCCCAAACCGCCUCAGUCACUCACUCGAAACUUCCGGCCGCGCAAAACCGCCAGGCGUCCCAAACCGCCUCAGUCACUCACUCGAAACUUCCGGCCGCGCAAAACCCCCAGGCCGUCCCAAACCGCCUCACUCACUCGAAACUUCCGGCCGCGCAAAACCCCCAGGCCGCCCCAAACCGCCUCAGUCACUCACUCAAAACCCCCGGCCGCGCAAAACCGCCAGGCCGCCCCAAACCGCCUCACUCACUCGAAACUCCCGGCCGCGCAAAACCCCCAGGCCGUCCCAAACCGCCUCACUCUCUUGAAACUCCCGGCCGCGCAAAACCCCCAGGCCGUCCCAAACCGCCUCACUCACUCGAAACUCCCGGCCGCGCAAAACCGCCAGGCCGCCCCAAACCGCCUCACUCACUUGAAACCCCCAGCCGCGCAAAACCGCCAGGCCGCCCCAAACCGCCUCACUCACUUGAAACCCCCAGCCGCGCAAAACCGCCAGGCCGCCCCAAACCGCCUCACUCACUCGAAACCCCCGGCCGCGCAAAACCGCCAGGCCGUCCCAAACCGCCUCACUCACUCGAAACUUCCGGCCCGCGCAAAACCCCCAGGCCGCCCCAAACCGCCUCAGUCACUCACUCAAAACCCCCGGCCGCGCAAAACCGCCAGGCCACCCCAAACCGCCUCACUCACUCGAAACUCCCGGCCGCGCAAAACCGCCAGGCCGUCCCAAACCGCCUCACUCUCUUGA